AUGCUCGUUAAGGAUCCAUUACAGAGAGAGAGCGCCGCUGAUCUGCUCAAACAUCGUUGGUUGAGGAAGUUCUCUCCAGAGAAUUGUUGGAUGAAUGUUAGGUCAUUGUUCACCGAUCUGGAUUCAGAGGCUCGGGGCUGCCUGCCGGUGUCGAGAGUGGCUGAGGCAUUACGGCAAUCUCAGGUUAAAAUGAGCGCCUCUGAUGCAUGGAGAGUAGCUUCUGCCAUGGAUCGAACCGGGGAUGGGUACAUCGGUUACACGGAGUUUGUUGGGGCGUGCAUCAUUCGUGAGUACUAA